AUGAUAACAAUGCUAACAAAUUCUAAGUUGUUGUGGGGACUGUGGCAAGUGGUGAGCUACUGUUCUUCACGUACGUCGCUGCCGUUGCUGCUGACCGUUGGCGUGACAUUUUUGGUAAUGCGGCUAAUAAAUUUAGUGCGUGAGAUCCAAAAGUUGCCGCCAGGACCGUGGAGCCCGCCAGUUGUUGGUUAUCUUCCCUUCCUUGGAGUUCGUCACAAAAAAUUUUUGGAGCUUGCAAGAAGUUAUGGUGGUCUCUUUUCUGCUCGUCUUGGCAAUCAGCUAACGGUAGUAAUGAGCGACUACAAAUUGAUUAGAGAAGCUUUCCGCAGAGAAGAGUUUACCGGACGGCCUAGUACUCCGUUAAUGCACAUUUUGGAUGGUUUAGGUAUCAUCAAUAGUGAGGGACGUCUUUGGAAAAGCCAACGUCGGUUCUUACAUGAGAAACUGCGUGAAUUUGGCAUGACUUACAUGGGCAAUGGCAAGAAAGUUAUGGAAGCCCGAAUUAAGUGUGAAGUUCAAGAGUUAAUUGGGAACUUGCAACGCUCAGAGUGUGAGUUAUUAGAUCCAAACCCUCUACUCGCCCUGGGCGUAUCUAACGUGAUCUGCGGUAUCACCAUGUCAUUGCGUUUUAGUCACGGCGACGCACGAUUUGCAAGACUUAAUCAUUUAAUCGAAGAAGGCAUGAGGCUUUUUGGAGAAAUUCACUACGGAGAAUAUAUUCCUCUAUAUAACUAUCUUCCCGGGAAAGCUCUCAUUCAAGAAAAAGUUGCAAAAAAUCGCGAAGAAAUGUUUGCUUUCUAUCAAAAUUUAAUUGAUGAACAUAGGGAAACUCUCGAUAUCAACAACUCUAGAGAUCUUAUCGACGUUUAUUUAAUUGAAAUCGAAAAGGCUAAGAUCGAAGGAAGAGAUGGAGAGUUAUUUGAAGGGAGAGAUCAUGAAUUGCAACUAAAACAGAUCUUAGGAGACUUAUUUUCUGCUGGCAUGGAAACUAUAAAAUCCUCACUCCUGUGGAUGAUUGUUUUUAUGCUAAGAAAUGCUGACGUAAAAAGACGAGUACAAGAAGAACUAGACAGAGUGGUUGGUCGUGAUAGACUUCCAACCAUUGAAGAUAUGCCCAAUUUACCAUAUACUGAAACUACCAUUCUUGAGACUCUCCGUAUGUCAAGCAUUGUUCCUCUUGCUACUACACAUUGCCCUACAAAAGACGUCCACCUUAAUGGCUAUAGAAUUCCAGCGGGCUCACAGGUUGUUCCAUUAAUUAACUGCGUACAUAUGGAUCCAAAUCUCUGGGUAGAACCUAAUAAAUUUAAUCCGAGCAGAUUUAUCGACGAGACUGGCAAAAUCAAACGACCUGAAUAUUUUAUGCCUUUCGGUGUCGGUCGUCGAAUGUGCCUGGGUGAUGUUUUGGCUCGCGUAGAAAUGUUUAUGUUUUUUGCCGCUAUAAUGCAUCAAUUUGACUUGCAAACUGAAUCUGGUGCGGCCCCACCUUCGUUGGAAGGCACAGUGGGUGCAACCAUUGCACCGGAACCGUUCCGCGUCAAGUUCGUCCCGCGUGCGCCACCCGCUCCGCCUGCGGUCGUCCUGCACGACCACCCGCACCUACGCCAUGUCGGCGCGCAC